GUUUCAAAAUGGCGGUAGAUUUAAGAUCAAUGUGGGGAAGUUGGGAUUGUCAGUUAAACUGCCGUUCUCGCGCACGUUGGGGAAAUGUCGGCUGUUCGUUCCUGGAAGACUUCUUGGUGUCUUAGCGAUGGUCAGAUGGUAACAUCCCACGUGAUCCUCCUCAAAAGCCGAGAAUUGUGAGACGCUUGGGGCACCAAAACAAUUCCUAUGAUCAAAACAAUUUGAUGGACAAUUUGAAUGUGUCUGCAAUGAUUAACAACCAAGGACAGCAUUUCUUGACUGAAUGGACAACGGAUGUUGCUCGUGCAGGGGUGAUAUUGAAUGCUCCUUUUUGUUUCAAUGGUACUAACUCAACUCCAGAAUGUAGAAGUGUAAAUGACUCAUUCAGUGCUCAGUUUAUUCCACUUCAGUUCUCAAACGACAGCAGUUGCAUCAGCAUAGAUUCUCUUCAUGAUGAGCCUGUUUUGAAAGUAGAUACACCAAAUGGAAAGGUACAAACUGCUCUUGAAAUCAAUAGUUCGUUGACUUCAGAUCUUCAUUCAAAUGUAAUACAGCACACUUCUUCGUCGCCAAGUUGCUUAUUGUCCUGUAAUAAUGAAGCAGUGAAGCACAUUGAAGAAAAGACUGCAUGUGAUAAUGCUGUCUUGCAAAGACUUGAACAGUUAAGAGAGUGGCAACAGGAAAGACAAGAGCAACUAAAGAAGCAGCAUCAGGAGCAGCUUCAGCGACUGGUGCACGAACAACAGACACUACUUGGUCUUAUUGGUACGCAACAAGGAUUUUCGGGAACUUUAAGUAAAUUGCAAAAUACAGAAAAACAAUAUCUUGUUAAUGCUGUCAAGCAAAGAGAACGGCAUACUAAACAUGACAAUGAUGUCCUCGAAGGUGAAAGCAAAGUCCAGGAUGAACCAAAUUCAGGAUGUUCAUUUUCAGGAGAACCUUCAAACACACAUCAAGGAAAUAAAGAUUGUACAAGUACAUCUUUCCUUCCAUCUCCAUCUGAAAAACAUGAUCAUAAAGAUCCUCUAUCCUUUACAGCUUUAGAGGAAAGACCAAUUAGACCUGGACCAGAUAUACGGAAGGAAACUUAUGAAGAGUACUUGGAGAAACAGAUGCAAAUGGAAGAAGAGAGGUUGAAACAACAACAACUUAAAUUGAAUCAUUCACAGGACAGAAAAAAUCAAAAGAGAAAGUUUCUGAAGCGUGGUGAAGGACUAGCAAGAUUCUCAAAUGUUAAGUCAAGAUAUUUGACAUCCAAGAAAACAACUGAUAAGGAAACAAACAUAACGAACCAACAGACAGCUGGUUCUCAAAGUUCAGUGAACACAAUACAUGAAAAAUUGCAGUGUAAAUUCACAAUAUUAAACAAAGAAAAUCAUUUCGGAAGCUCAGCUGGGCUUAUCAAUAAUCCAGCAGCAAAUAGUAAAGGAAAGUACAACUCUGCUUUGUGUGUUAAAAAGUUAACUGCUUUGGAGAAUGGUAAAGAAGAAAACUCCCUCCGGUCACCUCUGAAAAUGCAGGCAGACAGAAAAAAAAUUACAUCAGUUGGUAAAAUUCAAAAUAUCCCUAAAAUCACUAAAACGGAGAGUGCAAACAUGGCUCAAAAAUACGAACAGAGUGCAUCAAAACAAACUGGACAGAGCACUGUGACUUCAGGUAGACCAACAGCAGUUCAUAAUGGUGGUAAAUUUCACACAAAUGAACAUGUGGUUCCUCUAUGGCCAAGUAAUAAAGAAGCAAAUGGACAUGAAUAUACACUUGAAACAUCAUUUCAGAAAAAUUUGGAGAAGUGGAACAAGGAAAAAGAGAAAGAAAAUAUAGAAUUGAAUGAAUUUGAAUUUCUGGAGGAGGCGGCUGAAGAACUUUCCUUCUCUAGUAAUUCUUCCUUUGUACUAAAAAUGGUACAGGGUAACUGGCAAAACAAUGAAUGUCGCAGAUUGUCAUCUACCCCAGUCAAAUCUGAGCAACACCAAACCAUUGAAAAUUCAAAUGGGUUGGUGCAUUGUGGGAAUACAGAUUUUGAGGAAAAUGUUAAUCUUAAAAGUCAUAAUGUGUUAGAACAUAGGAAUGGGGUAAAAGAAAAUGGGAAAACUGUUUUAGACUCAUCAGCCACCAAUAAAGUAGCAUUCAAAGCUGUUGACUGUGAUCCUUUAGAGGAUGAAUAUAGCAAUUGUAAUAUCACUUUGGAUUCUGAAAUCGAUGACCUUGAGUCCACACUGACAACUGAAAAAACGAGGAAGCAGUCUGUAGUCUGCAGUAGUGACAAAGAAGAUGACCCUAAAUCUAAAUGUAGAAAAAAACCAACAGAUAUUCUCAGUAAAGCCAAGAACGUGGAUACAGAUCUUGACUUGUCGUCCUCCUCGUCGUCUGAUGUUGAUAUUGAAAUGCCUACUGUAAUAGAAAACAGAAAGGUUUUUUUGAGCCAGAAACAAGAUUCAUCUCUCUUCAAUUCCAGAUGUGAAAGCAGUUCAACUUUGCAUCAAGAAAAUGCUGAUUUUGAUGAUGAACAGACAUGGACUGACCUGGACGAAAGUGGAUUAAUUAAACAUGAAGAUAACUCAGCAGAGCCUGCUAAUUCUUCUGUAGUAGAUCAAUGUUUCUGUUCUGGAAGAACUAAUGAGGAUAAAACUAUGCAAAGAAAAGUUGCUUCUGCUAAGAAGGGAGAUGAUGUGGAGGAAAAGAACAUGGACAAAGCCACAGAAUCGCCCCCAGUCACUGAUUUGAUAAAGAGAUUGUUUCCUUCACUGAAAUCCAAGACUGAGCCUGGAUUUGAUCAAGGACUGGAACAAAAAUUUAAAGCUGUGAAUGAUAAACCAAUAGGUGCUGGUAUCCAGUCCAAGUUACUGAGGGAUAAACUGGCAGAAUUAGAACAUGAAAUUAACCAAUUUCGAGCAGAAAAUGCUACAUUGGCCAAACUCCGAAAUGAGAGAGAAAAAGCCAUGGUGGACCUCAGGAAAGAAAUUGCAGACUUUGAACGUAAGAAAACCGGACAGUUAACUCAAUUCGAGGAAUAUAAAAAAGAAGAAUUAAAACGACUCCAAAAAGAGCGAAUGAUUUUUGAAAAACAUGCUGCUGCUGCAAGAGCAAUCCCUGACAAAAAGGAAAGGCAAGAAAUACAGGCACUGAAACGGCAGAUUGUCGAUUUGCAGGAAGAACUAAAACGAAAAGAAUUAAGAUGGUCAAGUAUUCAUGCAAGACUUCGAAACCAGAUUGAUACAUUGACUAAGGAGAACAGAGAGCUCAGAGAUGAAGUUAACAUUAUGGAAAGACUUCGGUUGGAAACUUGGAAGAAAGCUGAGGCUGUAAUUGAGAAGAAAACGGACACCACGUCUCCAGGACUAAACAAAACAGAAUUAGCAGUUCAACCAGAUGUUCAGAAAGACAGAGGCAGAGCUGCACUGACAGGAGGGAAGAAAAUCUCUCGCAUGAUUGAACAGACUACCCCAAGAGAUGUUAAACUUGGACAAGCUGUGAAAUUAUCUGCUCCCACAGUGACCAGAAAUAGGUUAAAAGAAAGUUCUGUUUCAAUAUCUUCUGCAUCCCUCACUGAUGUGACUGAUUCUGCAAUGGGUACGAUGAUGCACUCAGAGCUCUCUGAAAAUUCUCCAAACUCUAAUGGGGUUUCAGCACCGGCUGGAUCUCAGACUCUUGAGCCUAAUGCAACUGAGGAUGAAAUUCAAGAAGUGAUUAAGUAUCCAGAUGGAAAGGAAAACUUGAAUUCUAGUAUCUUGUGGGAUUUUACCCUAAGAGGAGAAGAGGAAAUUGACAACUGGAGAAAGCAGUGAGAGAGACAGGUAUUGGCAACAAUAGAAAGUGAAAGUCAGGAAAGAAUCUACCAGUUUGAAAAGGACCAGAUGGGUGCAAAACAUCAGAAACUGGACAGAGAAACAUAUGAAAGCCACACAAAUUUGAAACUAACAGAGACAAAUACCUAUGGCCCCUUGUAAACUAUAAUUACUAAUAAAUGGAUAGAAGAAAAAUUCACAUUGGUUGUCACCUCCGAAAAGCCACAAAAUGCUUCACUGAUGUCAUGCAGGGGGCGCUUUAACUUUCAGCUUGUCUUACUAUACUUAGUAAUGUUUGAUAUUGACACUGCUGCAAAAUAGGACAGUGUUCCAUUACUUAGCGUUUGCAUCUAUUGUCCGGAACAAUCAUCCAAACUAAGUAUAGGAAUUUUUUUCUUUGUAUUAGGGAAAUCUUAGCAGAUUAGAUACCGUCAUGAGUUUAUGCUUCUAGCUUUGUUAUCCAUCGCGGGGAUAAGUUGUUGUUGAAUCAAAUGUGUUUCCAGUCGUAUGUAUUGAUGCAGUCGAUGUGGAAACAACUAACCACUGUCUCAAAUUUUCCUAUUCCAUGGAAAGAUACCUUGUCAUUUGGUUAUCAGGUACGUACACAGAAACUUAACUGCAUGUUGAAUCAGAAGUACCCUAAGAGCUUGCACAUCACUAGUUUGAAGCCCAACAUUGUCAUAACUUUUAUCGUUCUUGGUUUUGAGGAAUUUUGGGUAAUCUCUUACCACAUUAACAAGAUUACAAGAACACCUUCUGUUAUGUAAUACCCUGCAAUGAAAUUCUGUGAAAGCAUCAAGUUUGAAUUUAAUUAUCGUACACCCCCAUCACUUAAAGACAGCAAUAAGUAGGCAGUGAACUGAUCUCCUUUUAAAAUUUAUAAGAUUUUGCCAGUUGAAUCACAAGCUCUUCCGACAAACUAAGUUUAGAAAAUAUGCCAAUUAUUAACUUUUUUCUUUAUACGUUUUAGUUGCCUGUUAUUUCCUGAGUUUUCUAUUUCUUGUAUUUAAGAAUAAUUUCUUUUGUAGGUUGAACAGGUGUUAAGAAGUGGACGUCACGUAAUUAUAUUUUGUAAUGGUACCCGUAAAGAAAUUAGUGCAGAUGGGAAAACUAUUAGAGUGACCUUCUUCAACGGGGAUGUAAAACAG